AUGCAGCAGAACACGGCGACCGCGGGCUGCAAGGCGCAGCUCAAGGAGCCCUGUUACUCCACCCAGCGACGAGAUGCGUCCAGCAGAACGUCGACGUUAGACAGCGAGUCCUACUUCUACGAUUCUUGUCCUGGAGGCGACAUGUACCCUUCGGGUAUGAAGAGGAUCCGCAGGCUGUCCGCAGGAAGCAAGUUGUCUGCCUACUAUUACAUAGGUUCUGAGCUACGCGUUUGCGCUGAUUGCAACAAAAAGAGCACGUCGAGGCCCGUGCUGAGGGACAUCAUCGACCGGAGAACCGGAGAACCCAAGGUGCUUAAAAUCAUAUCCAAGUCGAGGCUGCCGCCUGGACCGGAUGGACUCGUCAAUUGGAGGAUGUUGUGCGAGAAGCUGCUCAACUUCGAGCCGUGCGCGAACAUCAUGCGCGUUGAGCAGGUGUGGGAGUCCGAAACCAGUUUCUAUGUGGUCACGGAGAAGCUGGUGGGGGGUGAGCUCUUCGAGUUCCUCCUGAAGGAGAAAGUCAUUCCCGAAGAUAUUUGCAAGUACAUCAUGAAGCAGAUCAUCCAGGCUGUGGAGCUGCUGCAUAAUAGGAAUAUGCUGCACCGCGACAUAAAGCCGGAGAACAUCAUGUUCCGCAACCCGACCAACUCCGCACUCCCCGUGCCGGAGCGGUACGAGCUGGUUCUCAUCGACUUCGAUACCUGCAAAAUGAUGGACAACGCGAACUCAGAAAACAUCGAGAUCGUCAACGGGAAGAGGAGGCUCGUUGGUACCUACGGCUACCUCGCGCCGGAGAUCCUGAGGGGGGAGGAGUACUCCACCGCCUCGGACAUGUGGUCCAUCGGCAUUGUACUAUACAUCCUCAUGACGGGAGUGCCACCGGUGUCCAUGGAGAAAAUGUACGACGCGAAAUCGAGUCACGCCGUGCUCACGGCUGCGGAAACGAACGGAAUUGAUUUUAACAUGCCACCGCUCAUCGAGUUCCCGCUGGCCAGGGACCUGUGCCGCAGGCUCCUGAGCUUCGACAGGAACAAGCGCAUCGCAAGCGCCACCGACGCCCUCGCGCAUCCGUGGCUCGUGGGUCUAACCAGCAUCUUCGACAGGAGACUCAAGAUAAAGAACUACUCCAUGGGCGGCAACUCGCAGGACCGGCGUCACGGUCCUGCUGACAGCGCGCCAGGCGGCCACAUCCGCGCGCUCUUCGGCAAGAGCUCGGCCAAGGGCGGCAACCAUGAAACUAGCAGCUCCAGUACCAAGGCGGAGGGCACACGCAAGAUGCCCCUGCUCGAGUGCGACACUGCCGCCGAAUCACCCAGAAGCAAGAAGCGUGCCUGCAUGCUGUACAGUGUCGCAGUGAAAAGCACUGUAAUACAAAAACAUCCAUCAAUAAAACGCAGUUGUUUUUUCUUUUGA